UCGGGAUCCACGACAGUGGCAGCGGCAAGACGUGUCUGACAGCCACGCGGCAUCAUCGAGUGAUAUCACCACAUUUGACGGUGAUAACGACAGCGGGUCUGUUUACCAUUGUGAUUGCAUCGAUUGCAUGAUGUCGAAUGAGGAGGAGAGUACUAUACCGAACGUAAUAUACGACGCGAACACCGGCAAGAGUUACAUGAAGGGCCGGUUCUUUGGAAAGGGUGGCUUUGCAAAAUGUUACGAAAUCACAGAGUCAAAGUCUCACCAUGUAUUCGCGGGGAAAAUCGUGCCAAAGUCACUGAUGGCAAAAAGCAAUCAGAGAGAGAAAAUGACACAGGAGAUUGCGAUUCACCAGAGCUUGAGUCACAGACACAUCGUUGGCUUUCACGGCUUCUUCGACGAUAGCAAUAAUAUUUACAUCAUCCUGGAACUCUGUCGCAAGAGGUCGAUGAUGGAACUGCACAAGCGCAGGAAAGCGCUGUCGGAAUGCGAAACACGAUACUUCAUGAAGCAAAUUUUAGAAGGAGUUUUUUAUCUGCACCAGCACAGAAUAAUUCACAGGGAUUUAAAAUUAGGUAAUUUGUUUUUAAACGAUGAUUUGCAAGUCAAGAUUGGUGAUUUCGGAUUAGCAACCAGAUUGGAGCACGACGGUGAACGGAAAAAGACUGUUUGCGGUACUCCAAAUUACAUCGCACCAGAAGUGCUCACAAAAAUCGGACACUCUUAUGAGGCUGACAUAUGGAGUAUUGGUUGUAUAAUGUAUACUCUACUUGUCGGCAAGCCGCCUUUCGAGACAUCGAGUCUGAAAGAGACGUAUUCAAGGAUCAAACAAGUGCAGUAUAAGACACCGCAACAUAUUGGUAAACCUGCCAUGAAUAUGGUGGCAAACAUGUUACAAUUGAAUCCUUCAAAACGUCCGUCCGUUGUCAAACUAAUGAAAGAUACAUUCUUUACUUCUGGAUACUUGCCAACGAGUUUGCCACUUUCAUGUCUUACAAUGGCACCACGUUUGGAUAUGCUCGAAUCACACUGCAAUCGUAAACCACUCGGUGAAAUGAACCUCAACGGUUACACGGAGCAAGACAUUCUUUCCUGUCGAGUGCCGAGCAGCCCAUCACGAAAAACUAAACCUAAUAGUGAAAUCGCUGAGCCACAAAGAGUCAACCUCGAUAUCAGGAAGAUGCUUCAGACGUUGAAAGAGCAGAUAGGUUCCGUGUUGAGAACUAAGCCUGCUAGGGAGUCAGUUUCUUCAGCAGACGAAUUGACUGAUCCGGCAGCGCAACCUGUGAUUUGGAUCAGCAAGUGGGUGGACUACUCGGACAAGUACGGUUUCGGGUAUCAAUUGUCUGAUGAUAGCGUCGGCGUGAUGUACAACGAUGGCACACGAUUGAUUAUGAUGGCGAAUGGUUACAAUAUUCACUACAUCAAUCGUGAGGGCGAUGAGUUGUAUUACACGGUCAAGGAGUAUCCUGCCAGUCUCGAAAAGAAAAUGAAACUGAUGAACUUCUUUUUGAAAUACAUGAAUGAGCACCUGAUGAAGGCAGGUGGCUCUAUUGCAGUGAAACAGAGUGACUCUCUUUCUAGAAUACCUUAUAUACAUCAGUGGUUUAGGACUCAGACAGCUGUGGUAAUGCAACUGACCAAUGGCACAGUACAAAUCAACUUCCUGGAUCAUGCAAAGAUCAUUAUGUGUCCAUUGAUGACUGCAGUUACCUACAUCGAUCAUGACAAAAACUUCAAGACUUACAGAUUCCAGACCAUUCAGGAAAAUGGUUGUUGUAAAGGAUUGGCGGAUAAUUUGUUGUACGCAUACGAGAAGAUUAAACUGAUGCUGCAGAAUUCUCAAGCUCGAUAAAAAAAAAAAAUCAUGUAUGCCAGGGAAAAACGAGAAAGAAGAAAAACACCAAGUGCCGUGCCUCUCUUAGCACUAUAAAUUUAGAGGAAGCCAACAUUUAUGUAUUUAUUUUCUGAUAGCGCUGUUUUAUAACGAAAAAGAGAGAAAGAAAGAGAAAAAGAGAGACAUAUUGAUAGAUAAAGAAGAAGGGAGUGUAUGUGAGAGAGAGGAGAGAGAGAGAAAGAGAGAAAGAUAGGUGAAUAAAAGUCAUGAUCAUGAUUUUUUCUUUGCCUAAUUUUUAUACAGACGUAUAGAAUUUUACUAGGCGAUUUUUUUCUUUCUUUUUUUUUUAAUCAUUUACGAGAGAGAGAGAGAGAGAGAGAAAGAGAGGACCAAUCGCGCUAAACCAAGGCUAUCAAGGCUAAACAUUUCGCGAAAAGACAUCCUACCGUUAUUAGAUAUGUCGCAUGUAUUGCUUAAAGUCAAUUGAUUGAAUGUCCUUGACUUUCCGUCUAUUUUCAACGACUGAAAUCGCGAUUUCUAAAAUCUCAGUUAAUUUCUACUAAUGUUUAUAAUCCCAAACUAAAACUCUUAUUUAUAUAUUCAUCAUAGAAUUCAGCCUAUUGCCUUUCUAUUAGGGAUCUUUUGAGAAAUCAUCAUUGAGAGAUUUGUAAUGAGAGAUCGCUUAGAUCACAGGUACUCUGCUCUGACUUUGCAAGUGAAUCAAAUUUGAUCCAGAAAUUUAGCACUGUGUUUAUCAUAAAGAAAAGGAAAAAAAAGGAACGGCGCGGUGGUGUAUGUGGGAAUCGUGAUUCGACUGUGAGUGGUGCAAUCUAACGUCUGAUUUCAUUGUCAUAAUUGAGAUAAGAGAUCUGCAAAGGCUAGUCCUGUGACUGACGCAGUGUUUAUUCUUCGCUUCUGAAGAUUUGCUAAGGGCUUACACGCGAAUCCGUUCGAAGCAGUGCGACUUGGACCACCUAACGAUUGACAAUCUCCAAACAAUAGUUAAAUUGUAGUAACGACAGUGUGUAAAUUUAGGCGCGUUUAUCAAAAAUG